ACCUUCCUGACUUCCUCACGUACCUUUAUGUACCUGUUAAGUUGACCAUUAGCUGAUGCCGUGGCUGCACCAGUGUCAAGUCUUGAGCAGUGCCUGGAUCUCUUGAGCGUCCUAGGCAGUCAAUAGCUCCUGCUGUUCUAUAUACCCUCAUGUGGUCGGUCAACGGGGUGUACCGUGGAAAUCAUCCCACUCCAAGCGCCGAACAUCAAACCGCAUCUUACCUGCUAUGCUUCUCAAUAUGAGUCGUCCACCCAGCAUACCCUCACAUUCAGGACCUCCGCCCUCCUACAGCCCUUACCCGCCACACCAUGCUUCAUCGUCUCGGCCAGAAAUCAUCGCCCCUAGCCAGCACAUCCGUCCUAGAGAUUCCAGUGGAAGCCAUAACAAUGCGCAACAACUACCCAGUCUUCGCACGCUCUUGGAACCAGAGCUACUCGACAAGAAGUCAUCGGAUCCAUCAUUGAGGGCGGGUGGCGCUCCGGCACUCUACAACCAUUCUGGGCGUUAUGGGUCUUCUAGUCCGACGUUGAAGAGACGGCAUGAAUAUGAUGGUUACUUCCAUGGCCACCCCGAGCAUAAUGCUAUCGCUUCUCAAACGCCCUACCACCAUCGUCAACCUCUGUCAGGUACAAACGCUACACCAUCUACCUCGUCGUCGACGCCAGGCUCGGGGUUUGGCGUCAGUCGGGUAGAUCUCCAACGGCGUGAAAGUUUCGCCCAUCCUUCACAGCAUGACCUAGUAGGCAAUGGGCAUCGGCAAGUAUCGCUCAUGUCUGAUGCGACGGGAACGAUGACAGCCCACUCUAGUCAGCAAGAACUAGGGUUUGAUCCGAAUAGACCUGUCAGAAUGAGACGACUGGAAGGUUCUUCGCGCGCUCCAGUACGAUCUUCGCGUUGUGUUGGACAACGUGAUAUACCAGGCGAAGGCCCGUGCUACGUCUACGAGGAUGGCACCUAUUGCCGGGCUAUAAUAGACGGCGAAGCGGUCAAUCCUUCAUGGGGUAUCACAAAGGCCGGUAAACCUCGAAAGCGACUUGCGCAAGCUUGCCUGACCUGUCGAGAGAAGAAGAUCAAAUGCGAGCCCGGAUAUCCAAAGUGUCACCAAUGCUCCAAGUCGCAAAGGGUGUGCAGAGGUGGACUCAACCAAAGCAAUGCAUCCGGCGAGACCUCACCGUCGAAUUCCGCUCCGCUAUUUAAGAAUCCGUCGUCCGAAGUCCUAAGUCCUGCGGCAACCUCAGACAGAAACAAAGCUCCUGGAGAGCUGCGAGACUCAUCAAGAAAGGUCGACACGUGGAACGCCGGAACCCCUUUCAGAUCUCGAAAAUUCCGUCCCAACACUGCUACAGAUCCAAGAGACAUGUCGGUGCAGUCAUACGAUUCGGAUUGGAGCGGCUCCGCAAACGACCAGGGCUCGGGCGACCCUGUACGCGGCUCUUAUUCUGACUACCUUGCCCUCCAAUGGGAACAGGAUCCUUUUGAAACAGACCCCGGACUUACCAUGCGUCUAUUGGACCUUUAUUUCCUUCACGCCGGUAGCGCAACGUACGCCAUGUUUCCUCGUCGACCUUUCCUCGCAUGGGUAGAGAACAAUCGCGAUAAGAGUCAGGACCAUCUGAUGCUCCUAUAUUCCGUCCUUGCGAUGGGCUCUCUCUUCUCGGCUGGUGAGGACAGGGGAGCUUUAGGGAAAAAGUUUACUGCUGUCGCUUCAUACGCAGCAGAAAAACGGUUCGGCAAAUUCAGUCUGCAGUUGUGCCAGACUCGACUGAUGCUUGCGCUCUACAACUUCGCUCGAGGCAAAUCACAGGAGGCGUGGGACUAUUGCGGUGCUGGUUUGCGAGCGCUUAUUGCACUGAAAUUGAACUCUGAAGAAGGUAUUAAAGAGCUGGCCGAUAGCAACGCCGAUCUGGACUAUGGAUUUGAUCGUCAAACCUACGCAGAAUGCUGCCGCCGCACUUUCUGGUCCGGAUUCCUGAUGGAUGUAAGUCACGAUAUCGUGGACACUCCAACAUCCGUUGACAUGUUGCAACAACAGCGAUACAAUGGUUUCUUUGGAGGAACUCCCUUUGUGAUCAACCUGGAGGAUGCCUUCGUUAAACUUCCAUGCCUGGAUAGCAUGUACGACGCAUCAACCCCGUGCGAUGCACCAUUCUUCGACGAGGAACUUCUGAGCGCAAGCGCUAUACCCCAUUCUGUUCUAGGGAAUACGGCAUACCUAUGCCUAAUAUCGGCACUAUGGGGUGACGUGCUUACCUUUACGAGUCGUGCUGCGCGCCGCCCGGACAGUGCCUACGAACAACACUAUGACAUCUUCUAUACAAAGAUGAACGAAAAGCUGAACGCCUGGCAUGAUAUGUUGCCAGAGAACCUUCAUUACACCCCGCAGAACCUGGACAAAGGCUUUGCUGAUGGAUAUGCGGGCACAUUUUUGUCGAUGCACGCUUUGUAUUACGCUACAAUCAUCCGACUCAAUCGUCAGGUGAGAGUUAACGUACUGCCAGUGGACAAAAUACGCCGAAAUUUGGAGCGGUCAAUACGUAUGGCGUCUAACUUCCUAUCGAUGAUGCUUUCACAAGCUCCCGUCAACCGCCACCGACGUCCUACACCCACCGUCGCACCAGAAUUCUCUUUCUCGACACCUUUCCCUGGAUACGUGCUCAUGCUUUCGGUUGAUGUAUUGACGUCUGCGGGGCUCGUUUCGUCACUGCCGACCUUCAUCGAGACACUCAAUACGACACUGACGUGCAUCGACGAAUUGACGGGCUUUUGGGCGUCUGCAAAGGCGCAGCAGAAGAUGAUCUCGAAUCGCAUCAAACAGCUGACGGAAAUUGCCGCACAAGAAGGCCAAGGCAUAAGAAACGGAAAUUACGGGAAAUUCUGGAGGAUCAGCAACAGUCUAGAGACGGCAUUCGGAAACGAUGAUGCGCUGUACAAGACUGAAGAUCAAUUGCUUUUCGGAGUUGUUGGUCAGCUUACGGGUCAGUAACUGCUUGCCCCGCAUAAGAUCGCUAUGCGACGAAUAGAACCGCGGAUAAUACCUCUCUUGUUCAACAGCAUCGAGUGUGCAUGCACUGUUCGUGUUUGUCUUGGAUCUGAGGCUCUGACAUAGCGUUACACGUUGCAUAAACCUCGGCCCGAUCUCCAAAACCGCCUCACCUGGUCGACGUGCCUA